AUGAUUACUACCCCAGUAACUGUUACUACAGUAACUGUUACUACAGUAACUGUUACUACAGUAACUGUUACUACAGUAACGGAUACUACAGUAACUAUUACUACAGUAACUAUUACUACAGUAACUGUUACUACAGUUAUAGUUACUAAUACAAUUACCUUUUUUCCUACAGUAACUGUUUCUACAGUAACGGUUCCUACAGUCACUGUUCCUACAGUAACUGUUUCUACAGUUACGGUUACUACUACAGUAACGGAUACUACAGUAACUACUACUAUUACAGUAACGGUUAUUACAGUAACUGUUUCUACAGUUACGGUUACUACUACAGUAACGGAUACUACAGUAACAGCUACUAUUACAGUAACGGUUGCUAUAAUAACUGUUACUACAGUAACGGUUACUACAAGUAGCAAUGUUACUACUACAUUAACAGUUACUUCAGUCACGGUUACUACAGUUAUAGUUACUACAGUAAUUGUUACUUCAGUUACGGUUACUACAGUAACGGUUCCAAUAGUAAGUAACGGUUACUACAGUAAUUGUUACUUCAGUUACGGUUACUACAGUAAUUGUUACUUCAGUUACGGUUACUACAGUAAUUGUUACUUCAGUUACGGUUACUACAGUAAUUGUUACUUCAGUUACGGUUACUACAGUAACGGUUCCCAUAUAACGUUUACUACAGUAACGGUUAUUACCAUAACUGUUCCUACAGUAACGGUUACUGCAGUAACUGUUUCUACAGUUACGGUUACUACUACAGUAACGGAUACUAAAGUAACUAUUACUACAGUAACGGUUACUAUAAGUAGCAAGGUUACUACUACAUUAACAGUUACUUCAGUCACGGUUACUACAGUUACAGUUAUUACAGUUACGGUUACUACAGUUACGGUUACUACUACAGUAACAGUAACUACAGUUACCAUAGUAAUGGUUACGACAGUGACGGAUACUACAAUAACGGUUACCACAGAAAUUAUCGGUUACUAUAUAGUAACGGUUACCAUACAGUAA